AGGCAGAGGCUACAUCUCACAACAGUGUUUAGAUGGUUUUUGUUGGAAAUUACUGAUAAUUCGCAACUUAGCAAGAUAAUUUGUCGGAUGAUGAGUGUCUUAUUGAGGCAGAAAAUGCAAUAAAAGAAACUUUAAUGGAAAAAAAGGAAGCUGGAGCAACAAAUAAAAUAUGGAGGGAGAUCCAAGGCAGGUUGAGUACAGACCGCAAUUCAUGACAAACAAGCUGAGAAACAAAGUACUACAGGUGUGCUGAUUAAAAAACCAGGUGUGGCUAAUGAGGAAUUGAGAAGGAAGCACAAAGAAACCAGAAAAUACUAAAUGCAACAACUAUAAUAAAACAAACACAAAAAAACGACAAAAAGACAGCCUCUAUCUCCUUGUCAUGUCUUCUCAUCUCAGCAGUUGGGAGGAGACACGGGUCAGCUCCUCACCUCUCAGAAAGCUCAAAUAUUGAUUCACCUCCAGGAGAACAGGUCAGUCCUCAAGAAGAAAACCAAACUAAAUAAGUCCUCAUUUCUGUGGAAAGUACACAAAUUCCUGAAAAGUGAUUAUUUCUAGUAUAGCACCACGUGAACCGAAAGUGAGACCUUUACAAGUUCCGGGUAUCUUCUAUUUUAUGAGGACUUUCUUCAAAGGUAAAAUCAUUUCAACUGGAUCAGAAGAUGGGGAGCAGAAGCGAUAAGGAACCCACAGAGAACGGAUCACACGUGGGAGCCAAGGGUCAAGAGGUCUCGGUCCAGGCAGAGUGCGUCCCAAACGGAGACUCCGCGCUCCCGACGCGGUUGUUUAGGAGGCGCUGGGCGAUCGUGUUCCUGUUCAGCUGCUACUCCCUCAGCAACGCGUACCAAUGGAUCCAGUACGGAAUCAUCAACAACGUCAUCACCAAGUUCUACAAGGUGGACGGCUUCGCGGUGGACUGGCUGUCCAUGGUCUACAUGCUCGCCUACAUUCCGUUCAUAUUCCCAGCCACAUGGUUCCUGGAUUGGAAAGGACUGCGCUUCUCUGCGCUGAUGGCGAACGCGCUCAACUGCGCAGGGACGUGGAUAAAGGUGGCCAGUGCCCGACCAGACCUGUUCUGGGUCACCAUGCUGGGACAGUGCACCAGUGCUCUGGCCCAGCUCUUCAUCCUGGGGAUGCCUUCUAGUCUGGCGUCUGUAUGGUUCGGAGCAGAAGAGGUUUCCACUGCCUGCUCCAUCGGGGUUUUUGGUAAUCAGUUGGGUAUAGCCAUUGGGUUCCUGGUGCCCCCCAUGCUCGUGCCCAAUGUGAACGACAUGGAGGAAUUAGCGUUUCACCUUAGAACCAUGUUCUACAUGAGCGCGGGCGUGGCCACCUUUCUCUUCAUACUUGUGAUCAUUGUGUUUCAGGAGAAGCCAGAGAUCCCUCCGACCCAGUCCCAGGCUCAGGCCCGGCUCUCCAGACCUGAGGAGUAUUCCUACGCGGCGUCCAUCAUGAGGCUACUGGGGAACAAACACUUCAUGCUGCUUGUGGUCAGCUAUGGAUUAAAUGUCGGCUGCUUCUACGCCAUCUCCACACUCCUAAACCAGAUGAUCAUGCAACAUUAUCCUGAUGAAGAGGUGAAUGCUGGGAGAAUUGGACUGACCAUCGUGAUCGCUGGGAUGGCGGGAUCCCUCAUAUGUGGAAUUUGGCUCGACAAGACCAAAACAUACAAGCAGACCACUCUGAUUGUUUACAUCCUUUCUUUGGUCGGGAUGCUGGUUUACGCCUUCACCCUGAACCUGGGUCACCUGUGGGUGGUCUUUCUCACAGCUGGAGUUUUAGGUUUCUUCAUGACUGGAUAUCUUCCUCUUGGGUUUGAGUUUGCAGUGGAGCUCACCUUCCCAGAAUCUGAGGGAACCUCAUCUGGACUACUUAACUGUUCUGCUCAGAUCUUUGGAAUUAUUUUCACUAUUGGUCAAGCCAAGAUAAUUGAGAAGUGGGGAACUUUUGCUGGAAACAUCUUUUUGUGCAUCUUUCUGCUCAUAGGAACAAUCAUGACAGGAUUCAUUAAGUCUGACCUCCGGCGGCAGAAGGCCAACCAGCAGAAUGAAGCUCAGCCUGUGAACGUGAGUUAAUCAACAAAACCAGCGAAUACAGAAGGAGGCCUUUCUUCACCUGAAAUCCUAAAGGAGAGAAAGUUGUGAGGAGGGCUGGAGUCUCCUGGACAAGUCUCACUGAUGCAUAAAAGCACAAAGAAAAAGCCACUGUGAACACUGACUGCACUGUGAUUUAGUUAUUAUAUAAAUUACUAUCUGUGAUGAUUAAUGAACUCAAAUGCAACAUUACUGCGCUUUAUUUCAUGUACUGUAUGGACAAAAGCUGCUGAAAACCACUGCAGGUGACUUUAAUGUUGCACAAGUGGGAAAUGCACUUUGAAGAAUUUUUAGAUGAGUUUUUCUCCAGCUAAGUGCAAUGCAACACAGAUUUUAACUUUAUUCAGUGUAACUAGAUCAUUUUGGUUAUUAUCCAAUACCUUAGUGUUAUGUGUUUAUAUAUCCUAAUGCAUAAUUGACCUUACAUUGAUAUAAUCUAUUUUUAGAACAAUAACUAGACUAUGCGUUUCCUGUAAAGGUCAGGUCAUUUAUAACCUGCAGCCAUUCAGAAACACCUGGAAGUAUUACUGAUCCUAGAACAGAUUGAUGCUGUGCAUCUGAGUAGACCAUCGGUCUGUUUUGUCCUCGUUUUACCGAAGUGACCUGUGGAUCAACAAUGAUGAAGAAUGUUAGCAAAGCACACAUUAGAUUGAUGAUGCAAAACAACUGUGACAUUUUGCACAAAAGAUAAGUUUCAUUGUAUUCUCUUACUUAGAAAUUUUGUUACGGAUUAAGUCGAUUUACAUGUGAUUAGAUUUGUUCUCUUAUCGUGAGAGGAGCUGGUGUGUAUCUUUCCGUGGCAUCUUUGGACAUCAUUUGUGUUUGUGCCAUUUCAGAUGUUGAGAAAUGAUUCAGGUGACAAAUAUUUCAGACUGCAUGGAUCAGCUUUUCUGUUUCAGUUCAGUCAGUCUCCCAGCCGUAGCUAUACUGUCUAUCCCAGAAGGACAUGGGAAACAUUUGAGACAUGCACAAAAAAUGUCUAAUUAUUAAAGAAUCGGCAAAGUUUUGAAAUUAA